AUGGCGUCCACAACAGGCCCCAGGCCGAGGUUCGAUUCCCCCGGUGCAUUUGUCCAGGGGAUGAUUAACGAGAUCGAUGAAUUGCUAGAAACGGCAGGGAAGACAGACACCCAACGACUAGUACGAGACCUUCCGCUAGAGCUGGACGCAUUCAGGGCGAAAUUCGAAGCGGUGAAGAGGAGUGUUCCUUCGGACUGGGACGCCUUCCUAGAAGAUGUGGAGAACACCGACGAAGCGUCUAGAAUUCAGGGGGAUGUGACGGAUUUCCGAGAUACAGUAGACGCUUACAUGCGGCUGCUAGGCUCAGUGAUUACGGCCCAAACACUUAGAACCGCUCCUAGUUCAUACCAGAUCCGACAAGAUAGACUGGCAGCUGAAGCCAUGUUACCUCGGAACGACUAUGGUCUCGCGGGUGCCAGUUCAUGGGCAAAUGCGGCUCUUAAUACGGUCCAAAGCACUGCAUUGUCAGUUGCAGCAGGAGAUCUUCCGGUGGACUAUGAAACGUGUAACAAAGUAUUGUGGACGGCCAAGUAUGCUAAAGAGCACGCGGAGAAGAUUAAGACGUUUAGCCAAAGGGCAGGGUUCGACGAAAAAACGUAUACGAAUAUCGAAGACGAGAUAGACAGUGAUACAAAGCUUGCCAAGUUAGCGUUGAAAGAUGCGAUGAAUCAACGUUUCAUCUGUCUUCAUAGCACGGUGCAGAUUCUGAACGAGACAGUUAAGAACGAUUCAGUCAGUCUUAAGAAGGCGUGGAUAGAGGAUAGAAAGGCACCUUUAUUCGUCAACCAUUGUCUGAAUAUCGAGUGGAGCAUGGGGCCUAGAAGGAACAGACUUGCGCAUGCGUAUGGUGUGCCAAAUAUGGUUAUUCCGGAAAAGUAUCAGGCGUUUGACCCCAGGGACCACUGGAAUCAUGUAUGGGCCAUUUACGAGGAUCUUAUAAAUGCGCUCGAUGAGGUCAUUGAGACCAUAAGACCAAUGCACGAGAAGGCCUUAUGGCAAAAGAGGAAUGAAGAUGGAUACUGGGUUGACGGCGAAAAUAUUGAUCCUUGGACUCAGUCUAGAAGUGAAGGCGCUGGAUCUCAAAAUGCAAACUAG